CAGAACCACUUAGCUGUGAUUAAAAGGAGGGGACGGAGUGGCAGGGCGGAGCCUGCGGUGCGGGCGGGCGGCGACAGGGCUGCGCGGCUCUCAGCGCCAGCUGCGGGGCAGCAUGCACACCGGAGCGACGACCGGCCCGCCGCACCGACGCCGCGGGGACGCUUGACCAGACAGACAGGUAGAAGGGACCACAGGACCAAGGGAGGAGGUGCGCCUCGGCGACAGCACCAUGGACGGCCUGGACAACUCCACCCUGCUCCUUGCCCGGUCCUCGCUGCUGCCUGACAACCUCACCCUGUCGCCCAACGCCAGCAGCCCGAGCGCCAGCACCCUCUCGCCUCUCGCUGUCACCUCCAGUCCCGGUCCCGGGCUCAGCCUCUCUCCGAGUCCGAGCAUCGGCUUCAGCCCAGAGUCUACCCCGACUCCAGAGCCCACAAGCAGCAGCCUCGGGGGUGGCGUGGCAGGCCAGGGCUCCUCGGCCUUUCCCCGGCCCUGGAUCCCCCACGAACCCCCAUUCUGGGACACGCCGCUCAACCACGGGCUGAACGUGUUUGUGGGCGCCGCCUUGUGCAUCACCAUGCUGGGCCUGGGCUGUACCGUGGACGUGAACCACUUCGGGGCACACGUCCGGCGGCCCGUGGGCGCUCUGCUGGCUGCGCUCUGCCAGUUCGGCUUCUUGCCGCUGUUAGCCUUCUUGCUGGCCCUCGCCUUCAAGCUGGAUGAGGUGGCCGCGGUGGCCGUACUCCUGUGUGGCUGCUGUCCGGGUGGAAAUCUCUCCAAUCUCAUGUCCCUGCUGGUGGACGGCGACAUGAACCUCAGCAUCAUCAUGACCAUUUCCUCCACACUCCUGGCCCUAGUGUUGAUGCCCCUCUGCCUCUGGAUCUACAGCAGGGCUUGGAUCAAUACCCCUCUGGUGCAAUUACUCCCCCUAGGGGCAGUCACCCUAACUCUCUGCAGCACUCUCAUCCCAAUUGGACUGGGCGUCUUCAUUCGCUACAAAUACAACCGAGUGGCUGACUACAUCGUGAAGGUUUCCCUGUGGUCUCUGCUUGUGACUCUCGUGGUUCUUUUCAUAAUGACUGGCACCAUGUUGGGACCUGAACUGCUGGCAAGCAUUCCUGCAACUGUUUAUGUAGUCGCUAUCUUUAUGCCUUUGGCAGGCUAUGCCUCGGGUUAUGGCUUAGCUAGUCUCUUCCAUCUUCCGCCCAACUGCAAGAGGACUGUGUGUCUGGAAACAGGAAGUCAGAAUGUGCAGCUCUGUACCGCGAUUCUCAAACUGGCCUUCCCGCCGCGCUUCAUAGGCAGCAUGUACAUGUUUCCUUUGCUUUAUGCCCUUUUCCAGUCUGCAGAAGCAGGGGUCUUUGUUUUAAUCUACAAAAUGUACGGAAGUGAGAUAUUGCACAAGCGAGAAGCCCUAGAUGAAGAUGAAGACACAGAUAUUUCUUAUAAGAAACUGAAAGAAGAGGAAAUGGCAGACACCUCCUACGGCACCGUGGGGACAGAUGACUUAGUGAUGAUGGAGACCACCCAGACCUCCCUCUGAACAAGGAGAUACACAGGGGCCUCCGUUUGGCUGAAACAUCACUUCCUAUUUGUGACCGUUGGUAGCGCAUAUGGUUCACAUCCGGGAUAGAGAUGGGUUGACAGUUCUCGUAACAGAUUUGAUCUUCCCACUGUAAUGUUGUAUCUCAGUAUUAACCAUGUGUUUUUCUAACUCAACAGUCAGUGUCUCAAUAUUGCUUACACCUGGAUCAGCGAACGUGCCGCUUUCUCUGCUUAAGUAGUGUGCUGUGUGGUUUUGGUUUUUUGGCUUUUUUGGUUUGCCAUUUCCACCAGCAUCCGUUACAUAUAGAAAAUGGGGAUGGCAAUGUGGAUGUCUGGUGCAUACGCGAGUAAAAUUGUAAAACAGAAA